UCAUUCUGUGAUUGGACUAGAUUGUUGUUGUUGUUAUUAUUUUGUUUUUUAGGUUGUGAGUUAAGACUUGUGGCGUGCAGGCGUACUCGUGUAUUACUAUAUUGGUAAUUAUUGUGGAUGUGGAAUGCGGUUAACGGGCAUUGGAUUGUCGUAGAUGGGCCUUUUUUUAACGAAUUCAGGAUAACGUGAUUUCGAUUCAUAAUUUCGUAAUUCAUUGCUUAUACUUAACUAUAUAAACAACAUGGUAUGAUCGCAAAAGUUCAGAUUUGGUCCAAGUCCGCGCAAUACUUAUAAGAGAACUAUAUUGUUAUCAACGUCGACGCAACAAGAGCACUGUGGCAGUGUGGUCUGUAACUAGCACCGUUUCCGACCGUUCGAACACAAUAGAUAUCUCACUAUGGAAGAAACUGUUGGUAAUUCAUCAGACGCUAAUAAAAUCAGCCAGCCUGCUGUUGGCGAAUGGAAAAACAAUGAAAAUGUUUCUUAUGUUGACCAUGAGCAGAAUAUAGCAAAAACAUUAAAUGAUACUAUAUUAAAUGAUAAUUCGGUGCCUGAAAAUGUCGUUAUAGAAACACAAGAAAAUAACUGUGGUUUCUCUAAUAAUGAAAACACACAAGACACUUGGCUUACUGAAACUGAACCAAAAUAUCAUUAUAGUAAUAAAAAUAACUCAGGAUAUCGUAAGGGAACAGGAGGAUAUGAUAAAUCAAACAAUGCUAAUAAUUCUUAUGAAAAAUCAUCCAAUAAUGAUUCCUCUUCAAAUAAUGGACAUGUACGUGGCCGUGGUCGUGGUCGCGGUCGAGGUGUCACAAAAAGAUAUGACGAAGAAAAUGAAUCAUUUAGGGAUGAAUAUGGCUCCGGUAUUGAUAAUCAUGGUGGUAACACUCCCCCAGGUCAUCGAGGUCGAGGACGAGGGUUUAACCGCGGUAGAGGUGGAAGGCGAGAUCAAUCAGUAUCAUUUGGCUGGCAUGGGUAUAGUGAAGAUAGUCAUAAAAAAAAUGAAAAUGAUAAACCAACUAUUACAAAAGCACCGUACAUUCCUCCCGAUAUUGAAAAUGAAGAGUCUAUUGCUGGAAUUGAGGCAGGGAGUAAUUUUGACAAGUAUAAUACUAUUGAAGUAAAAGUGAGUGGAACUAACCCUCCAAAAAGUAUGACAUCUUUUCAAAGUUCUGGUUUGCGCACUAUUUUGCUAGACAACUUAUCUAACUGUAAUUUCUCUACACCAACUCCUGUACAAAAUUAUGCAAUACCUAUUAUCAUUGAAGGCAGAGAUUUGAUGGCCAGUGCUCAGACUGGUUCUGGAAAAACUGCAGCAUAUGUCUUACCUAUUUUGCAUAAUUUACUGAAGCAACCAACACAAUUAAUUUACGAUGAACAUCAUUGUGAACCGCAUGUAGUUAUUAUUGCGCCUACAAGAGAGUUGGUUUCACAAAUUAGUGAAUGUGUAUGGAAAUUUAGUAAAGGAACUGAUAUUAGAAAUGGACUACUGUAUGGAGGUACAUCUGUUUACCACCAAAAAUCUAAAAUCCUUCAGAGAGGAGUUCACAUAUUAACUGCUACACCAGGACGUCUGAUUGAUUUUGUUGAAAAAGGUAUUGUGACUUUCUCAUCAGUUAAAUUUUUUGUUUUGGAUGAAGCUGACAGAAUGUUAGAUAUGGGAUUCAAACCUGAUAUAGAACAAGUAUUAACAAAUUCGACUAUGCCUUCCAUAGAAUCGAGACAGACAAUUAUGUUCUCUGCUACAUUUGCAAGUCCAAUACAACAUAUGGCCACUUCUUACUUGAAAUCAGAUUAUAUAUUUGUAGCUGUUGGGGAAAUAGGAGGAGCAUGUAAAGAUGUUGUGCAAACAGUAAUAGAAGUCACAAAGUUUAAAAAAAAAAAUGCAUUACUUGAUAUAAUUAAAGAAAUGGAAAAUUGUCAAGGUACAAUAGUGUUUGUUGAAAGAAAAAAAGUUGCGGAUUAUACAGCUGCAUAUUUAAGUGAAGUGGAUUUUCCUACUACAAGUAUUCAUGGUGCACGUGAGCAACCUGAACGAGAACAAGCAUUAAGAGAUUUCAAAACGAAUAGAAUGAAAAUUUUAGUAGCCACUGCUGUUGCAGCUCGUGGAUUAGACAUAAAAGGUGUGAAUUAUGUAGUGAACUUUGAUCUACCAAAAACAAUUGAUGAGUAUGUCCAUCGGAUUGGGCGUACUGGUAGAUUAGGAAAUGCUGGUAAAGCUAUUUCAUUUUUUGACCCAGAAUCUGAUGGUCCACUAGCUGCAGAAUUAAUUAAAAUUCUCAAACAAGCAGAUCAAGAAGUACCAUCAUUUCUAAAUGAUGCUGCUGAACGUAUUCUAGCUUCCCCGACCAUUGACAAUUUCAACGAUAUAAGAACGAAUGUUGAUGUCACAUCCAACCUGGUUGCUACUGGAGAAGAAGAAGAAGAGUUGUGGUAGAUUACUUGAGCAGUUUAGGGUUUAAAUAUACAAGAGUAUAAGCACAAAGCAAUUCUAAAAAUAUGAAUCAGUUAAUAUUAUUAAAAUUCAAAACUCUAAAUUUGUUAUAAUUUAAAGCAUUUGCUUUUUUUGUUUGGCUUGACUCUAGCAAAGGAAAUGUAUGUCGUGUUACUUUGUUUUAAAAUUUUAUGUAAUUUAUAAUAUAGUAUAGUUAUUUUUAUGUUUUUUUUCUAUAUAUUUUCUAUUUUGAGAUAACAUAGACUGACACCUAAACACUGACAAAAACCAAAUAAUUUUUUCCUCAAUGUAUUUUUGAUAGAAUUUUGCCUUUGAACUCAAUUAGUAAUAACCUAAUUUUAGUAGUAAUAUUCAGCUCGUCUUUGUUUAUUUUUGCUAUUUGUUGUGUCUGUCAUGACUGGCCAAUAAAAAUAUAUCAAUACAAUAACA